CGGUUGGCGGGGGAGGGCGGUUUCCCGCCCGCUCGAGGCCGCCGCCGCCUGCGGCCGUUAACGUCCGUGAGGAGAACGCGCGCGCGCGGGGGGCAGCAACCGCCCGCGUCAGCCCGUCGGCGGGGAAAGCCCGGGGGCCACGGGCCUGCCUUUGGGUAUUCCCGCUGUGCGAGGUCAAAAGCGGCGGCGACUGGGGGUCACUUUCGGUGACCGGUUACGUUAUUUGGCUGGUUUUGCAGCAAGGGGACGUUCAGAUUGCAUAGGCUGGGCGGCGGCGAGGACUGGCCCUUCGUGAGCUCUCUGGGAAACCAAGUACUGAACGUGCCCCUGCAAUGGCAAGAACGUGCAGCGUGGGUGCGCGGACCCAUCAAGAUACCUGCGCGCCUUUAAGUAACUUAAAGCUGAAGGACAGCCAACAUCCUGUAGAUAAUGUGAGUGUCAGAGACUCCCUCGAGAUGUAGGUGUAAGGCACAAAAAGGGCAAUAAGCCAGAGAUGACUGACAAGAUGUCGAGCUUCCUUCAUAUUGGAGAUAUUUGUUCUCUCUAUGCAGAGGGCUCAACAAAUGGAUUUAUUAGCACCUUGGGCCUUGUGGAUGAUCGGUGUGUUGUACAGCCAGAAGCAGGUGAUCUUAACAACCCCCCAAAAAAGUUCAGAGAUUGCCUGUUUAAACUAUGUCCUAUGAACCGGUACUCUGCUCAAAAGCAGUUCUGGAAAGCGGCAAAACCAGGAGCUAACAGCACAACAGAUGCAGUGCUACUCAAUAAACUGCAUCAUGCAGCAGAUUUGGAAAAGAAACAGAAUGAAACUGAGAACAGAAAACUGCUAGGAACAGUUAUCCAGUAUGGCAAUGUCAUCCAGCUGCUUCAUUUAAAAAGUAACAAAUACUUAACAGUAAAUAAGAGGCUUCCAGCUCUGCUAGAGAAGAAUGCUAUGAGGGUGACCUUGGAUGAAGCUGGGAAUGAAGGUUCCUGGUUCUACAUACAGCCAUUCUACAAGCUACGCUCCAUUGGGGACAGUGUUGUCAUUGGAGACAAAGUAGUACUGAAUCCUGUCAAUGCUGGCCAGCCUCUUCAUGCCAGUAGUCAUCAGCUUGUUGAUAAUCCUGGAUGCAAUGAGGUGAACUCUGUGAAUUGCAAUACAAGUUGGAAAAUAGUUCUUUUCAUGAAAUGGAGUGAUAAUAAAGAUGAUAUUCUUAAAGGGGGGGACGUGGUGAGAUUGUUUCAUGCAGAGCAGGAGAAGUUUCUGACCUGUGAUGAGCACAGGAAGAAGCAGCACGUCUUCCUGAGAACUACAGGGAGGCAGUCAGCCACUUCUGCAACGAGUUCAAAAGCACUGUGGGAAGUAGAGGUGGUGCAGCAUGAUCCUUGUCGUGGUGGCGCAGGAUACUGGAAUAGCCUUUUUAGAUUCAAACAUCUUGCUACUGGACACUACUUAGCAGCAGAGGUAAACCCUGACUAUGAGGAAGAUGACCAGGAGUGUCAAUCCUCACUGGAUCCUGAGCAAGAUGCCUCCAGGAGAGGCUUGAGCAGUGCGCAGGAGAGGAUGGCAUACUCCUUGGUGUCAGUGCCUGAAGGAAAUGAUAUCUCUUCCAUAUUUGAGUUGGACCCUACAACGCUGCGAGGAGGAGACAGCCUUGUCCCCAGGAACUCUUAUGUCAGACUUAGACACCUUUGCACUAACACUUGGGUCCAUAGUACCAAUAUCCCUAUUGAUAAAGAAGAAGAAAAACCUGUGAUGCUUAAAAUUGGUACCUCUCCAGUGAAAGAGGACAAAGAAGCUUUUGCUAUAGUACCAGUUUCUCCUGCAGAGGUUCGGGACUUGGAUUUUGCAAAUGACGCAAGUAAAGUUUUAGGUUCCAUUGCUGGCAAAUUGGAAAAAGGAACAAUAACCCAGAAUGAAAGAAGAUCUGUUACCAAAUUAUUGGAAGAUCUGGUCUACUUUGUUACUGGUGGAACUAAUUCUGGACAAGAUGUCCUUGAAGUGGUGUUCUCUAAACCUAAUAGAGAACGACAAAAACUGAUGAGAGAGCAGAAUAUUUUAAAGCAGAUUUUCAAGUUGUUGCAAGCACCGUUUACGGACAGUGGUGAUGGCCCAAUGUUGCGACUGGAGGAACUUGGAGAUCAGCGUCAUGCUCCCUUCAGGCACAUAUGCCGGCUUUGCUACAGAGUGCUAAGACACUCUCAGCAGGAUUAUAGGAAGAAUCAGGAAUACAUUGCCAAGCAGUUUGGCUUCAUGCAGAAACAAAUUGGCUAUGAUGUCUUGGCAGAGGACACUAUUACAGCACUGCUUCAUAAUAAUCGCAAGCUCUUGGAGAAGCACAUCACUGCUGCUGAGAUUGACACAUUCGUUAGUCUUGUGAGGAAAAAUAGGGAGCCCAGGUUUUUGGAUUAUCUCUCAGAUCUGUGUGUUUCCAUGAACAAAUCUAUUCCAGUGACACAGGAGCUGAUUUGUAAAGCUGUACUGAAUCCAGCAAAUGCAGACAUACUUAUUGAAACUAAGUUGGUCCUCUCUCGAUUUGAGUUUGAAGAAGUGUCGAGUGGAGAAAAUGCCUUGGAAGUUGGAGAAGAUGAGGAAGAAGUGUGGCUAUUCUGGAGAGACAGUAACAAGGAAAUCCGCAGUAAGAGUAUCAGAGAGUUGGCUCAGGAUGCUAAGGAAGGGCAGAAGGAAGAUCGGGACGUACUCAGCUAUUACAGAUACCAACUAAACCUCUUUGCUAGAAUGUGCCUUGACCGACAGUACCUGGCCAUAAAUGAAAUAUCUGGUCAGCUGGAUGUAGAUCUCAUUCUCCGUUGCAUGUCUGAUGAAAACUUGCCAUAUGAUUUGAGAGCAUCUUUCUGCCGGCUGAUGCUUCAUAUGCAUGUUGAUCGUGACCCUCAAGAACAAGUAACACCGGUGAAGUAUGCUCGUCUGUGGUCUGAGAUACCUUCUGAAAUUGCUAUUGAUGACUAUGACAGCAGUGGAACUUCCAAAGAUGAAAUUAAGGAGAGAUUUGCGCAAACAAUGGAAUUUGUAGAGGAAUAUUUAAGAGAUGUGGUGUGUCAGAGGUUCCCUUUCUCUGAUAAAGAGAAAAAUAAGCUCACUUUUGAGGUUGUUAACUUAGCCAGAAAUCUGAUAUAUUUUGGUUUCUACAACUUCUGUGACCUCCUCAGACUAACCAAAAUCCUCCUUGCUAUAUUAGACUGUGUGCACAUCACUACCAUCUUCCCCAUUACCAAGAUGGCAAAAGGCGAGGAAAGUAAAGGGAGCAAUGUGAUGAGAUCAAUCCAUGGAGUUGGUGAGCUGAUGACCCAGGUGGUGCUCAGAGGUGGUGGGUUCCUACCCAUGACCCCUCUUGCUGCUGCUCCUGAAGGUAACGUCAAGCAAAGUGAACCGGAGAAAGAAGACAUCCUAGUAAUGGAUACUAAGCUGAAGAUAAUUGAAAUACUUCAGUUUAUUUUGAAUGUGAGAUUGGACUACAGAAUCUCCUGCCUGUUAUGUAUAUUUAAGCAUGAAUUUGAUGAAAGCAAUGCCCAGAUGUCUGAAUCACCCACUGGAAGCAGUAAUCAGGAACUGCCAGCUAAUGUACCAGGAGCCCUAGACUUUGAACAUAUUGAAGAGCAAGCUGAGGGGAUCUUUGGUGGAAGGAAAGAGAAUACACCAUUGGAUUUGGAUGAUCAUGGUGGUAGAACAUUUCUCAGAGUUCUGUUGCAUUUAACGAUGCAUGAUUACCCUCCUCUGGUGUCUGGAGCACUUCAGCUACUCUUCCGACACUUUAGUCAGAGGCAAGAAGUCCUUCAAGCUUUUAAACAGGUUCAACUGCUUGUUACCAGCCAAGACGUUGACAACUACAAACAGAUAAAGCAAGAUUUGGACCAGCUGAGGUCUAUUGUGGAAAAAUCAGAGCUUUGGGUGUACAAAGGCCAGGGUCCUGAUGAGACAAUGGAUGGAGUGCAAGGUGAAAAUGAACACAAGAAAAAAGAGGAAGGUCACAGCAAGUCACAGAAACCUGAAAGUACAAGCAGCUACAACUACCGUGUUGUAAAAGAGAUUUUGCUGCGGCUUAGCAAGCUCUGCGUUCAAGAAAGUGCUUCAGUCCGGAAAAGCCGGAAGCAGCAGCAGAGACUUCUGAGGAACAUGGGGGCUCACACAGUUGUGCUGGAGUUGUUGCAAAUCCCUUAUGAAAAGGCUGAAGACACAAGGAUGCAGGAGAUAAUGAAGCUUGCUCAUGAGUUUUUACAGAACUUUUGUGCUGGAAACCAACAGAACCAGGCACUGCUGCACAAGCACAUAAACCUGUUUCUUAACCCAGGGAUUCUGGAAGCAGUAACAAUGCAACACAUUUUCAUGAACAACUUCCAGCUUUGCAGUGAGAUUAAUGAAAGAGUUGUUCAACACUUUGUCCACUGUAUAGAAACACAUGGCAGAAAUGUUCAGUACAUAAAGUUCCUGCAGACAAUUGUCAAGGCGGAAGGAAAAUUCAUUAAGAAAUGCCAAGAUAUGGUAAUGGCUGAGCUGGUGAAUGCAGGAGAAGAUGUCCUGGUGUUUUACAAUGACAGAGCCUCCUUCCAGACUUUGGUGCAAAUGAUGAGAUCAGAGAGGGAUCGGAUGGAUGAAAACAGCCCACUGAUGUACCAUAUCCAUUUAGUAGAACUGCUGGCUGUGUGUACCGAAGGCAAAAAUGUCUACACAGAAAUAAAAUGCAACUCUCUCCUUCCUUUGGAUGACAUUGUUAGGGUAGUAACCCAUGAAGAUUGCAUACCUGAGGUUAAAAUUGCAUACAUUAACUUCUUGAAUCAUUGCUAUGUGGACACAGAAGUAGAAAUGAAAGAGAUUUACACCAGUAAUCAUAUGUGGAAGCUGUUUGAGAACUUCCUGGUUGACAUCUGUCGGGCUUGUAACAACACCAGUGACAGAAAGCAUGCUGACUCCAUAUUGGAGAAGUACGUCACAGAAAUAGUGAUGAGUAUAGUCACCACUUUCUUCAGUUCCCCGUUCUCCGAUCAGAGCACUACUUUGCAGACCCGCCAACCUGUGUUUGUACAAUUGCUACAAGGUGUGUUCCGAGUCUACCAUUGCAACUGGUUAAUGCCAAGUCAAAAGGCAUCAGUGGAAAGCUGCAUUCGGGUGCUCUCAGAUGUAGCAAAAAGCCGAGCAAUUGCAAUUCCUGUAGACUUGGACAGUCAGGUGAACAAUCUCUUCCUGAAAUCUCAUAACAUUGUACAGAAAACUGCAAUGAACUGGCGAAUGACUGCAAGGAAUGCUGCUCGCAGAGAUUCGGUGCUUGCUGCCUCCAGGGAUUAUCGAAACAUCAUUGAGAGAUUGCAGGACAUAGUGUCAGCCUUAGAGGACCGCUUACGGCCUCUUGUCCAAGCAGAGUUAUCCGUACUGGUAGACGUACUUCAUAGGCCUGAACUGCUCUUCCCAGAGAAUACAGAUGCAAGAAGGAAAUGUGAAAGCGGAGGUUUCAUUUGCAAGUUAAUAAAGCAUACUAAACAGCUGCUAGAGGAGAAUGAGGAGAAACUAUGUAUUAAAGUAUUGCAGACACUCAGGGAAAUGAUGACCAAAGAUAGAGGCUAUGGAGAAAAGGGUGAGGCACUCAGGCAAGUUUUGGUCAACCGUUACUAUGGCAACGUCAGACCGGCGGGAAGACGAGAGAGCCUCACGAGCUUUGGCAAUGGCCCGCUAUCUGCUGGAGGCGCUAGUAAAGCCGGGGGAGGAGGAGGAAGCUCCGGAUCAAGCUCAGUGAGCCGAGGUGAGAUGAGUUUGGCAGAUGUCCAGUGUCAUCUGGAUAAAGAAGGUGCAUCCAACCUGGUUAUAGACCUCAUCAUGAAUGCCACCAGUGACAGAGUCUUUCAUGAGAGCAUCCUACUAGCCAUUGCCCUUCUGGAAGGUGGGAACACUACAAUACAGCAUUCAUUCUUCUGCCGACUAACAGAAGAUAAGAAAUCUGAAAAGUUCUUUAAGGUUUUCUAUGAUCGCAUGAAAGUGGCACAGCAAGAAAUCAAGGCUACUGUCACAGUCAACACAAGUGACUUAGGAAAUAAAAAGAAAGAUGAAGACUCAGACAGAGAAGUACCAAACAGAAAAAGAGUGAGAGAGCCUAUGACCCAAAUCACAGAGGAAGUCCGGGAUCAGUUACUAGAGGCUUCAGCAGCUACAAGAAAAGCUUACAACGCUUACCGGAGGGAAGCUGAUCCUGAUGACCAUUAUUCAGCUGCAGAAGGAGCACAGUCUGCAGCAGACAAGAGCAAGGAUGACUUGGAGAUGAGUGCAGUGAUUUCAAUAAUGCAGCCCAUCCUCCGUUUCUUACAGCUACUCUGUGAAAACCACAAUCGGGAUUUGCAGAAUUUCCUACGCUGCCAGAACAACAAGACAAACUACAAUUUGGUGUGUGAGACACUGCAGUUUCUGGACUGUAUCUGUGGAAGCACAACUGGUGGACUUGGACUUCUUGGCCUGUAUAUAAAUGAGAAAAACGUGGCACUGAUCAACCAGACGCUGGAAAGUUUGACUGAGUACUGUCAGGGGCCUUGCCACGAAAACCAGAACUGCAUUGCUACUCAUGAAUCCAAUGGUAUUGACAUAAUCACAGCAUUAAUUCUCAAUGACAUCAACCCUUUGGGAAAGAAGAGGAUGGACCUUGUGUUAGAACUGAAGAACAAUGCUUCAAAAUUGCUGCUGGCGAUCAUGGAAAGCAGGCAUGACAGCGAGAAUGCAGAGAGGAUCCUAUAUAACAUGAGGCCGAAAGAGCUGGUGGAAGUGAUAAAGAAGGCAUACCUACAAGGUGAAGUGGAAUUUGAGGAUGGAGAGAAUGGAGAAGAUCUUGCGGCAUCUCCAAGGAACGUGGGACACAAUAUUUAUAUACUAGCUCACCAGUUGGCUCGUCAUAACAAAGAGCUACAGAACAUGCUGAAGCCUGGAGGUCAGAUAGAGGGAGAUGAGGCUCUGGAGUUCUAUGCCAAGCACACGGCACAGAUUGAGAUUGUCAGGUCAGACCGUACAAUGGAGCAAAUAGUCUUCCCUGUACCCAAUAUAUGUGAAUUUCUCACCAAGGAGUCCAAGCUGCGGAUAUAUUACACUACAGAGAGAGAUGAACAAGGCAGUAAGAUCAAUGAUUUUUUCAUGAAAUCGGAAGACCUCUUUAAUGAGAUGAACUGGCAGAAGAAAUUGCGAGCUCAACCUUUCCUGUAUUGGUGUGCUCGCAACAUGUCCUUCUGGAGCAGUAUUUCCUUUAAUCUGGCUGUCCUUAUGAACCUACUUGUAGCAUUUUUCUAUCCAUUCAAAGGAAUUCGAGGAGGUACGCUAGAGCCCCACUUGUCAGGCUUGCUAUGGACUGCUAUGCUGAUUUCUUUGGCUAUAGUUAUAGCUCUUCCUAAGCCCCAUGGCAUCCGAGCCUUAAUAGCUUCUACAAUAUUACGGCUAAUAUUUUCAGUUGGUUUACAACCUACUUUAUUUCUUCUGGGUGCAUUCAAUGUUUGUAAUAAAAUCAUUUUUCUGAUGAGUUUUGUGGGUAACUGUGGAACCUUCACUAGAGGAUACAAGGCAAUGAUCAUGGAUGUGGAGUUUCUGUAUCACCUACUAUACCUUCUCAUUUGUGCUCUGGGACUCUUCGUACAUGAAUUUUUUUAUAGUUUGUUGCUCUUUGACUUGGUGUACAGAGAGGAGACCUUGCUGAACGUUAUUAAGAGUGUCACUCGCAAUGGGCGCUCCAUCAUCCUGACUGCUGUGCUUGCCCUCAUCUUGGUCUACCUGUUCUCAAUAGUGGGAUACCUGUUCUUCAAAGAUGACUUUAUCUUGGAAGUAGAUAAGCUCCCUAAUGAAACGCUAUUGCCAGGUCGCACAGAGGCAGGUGAAACUAUGACUGGGGAGUUUCUCUAUUCAGAUGUGUGUAAAGCAGGUAGUGGUGAAAACUGUUCUUCAAUCAUUCCUUCUGAACAGGGGAUUGCCGACGAGAUGGAGGAGGAGAAUAAGGAGCAUACGUGCGAGACGCUGCUGAUGUGCAUUGUCACGGUCCUGAGUCACGGGCUCCGCAGCGGGGGUGGAGUAGGUGAUGUGCUCAGGAAGCCGUCCAAGGAGGAACCUCUCUUUGCUGCUAGAGUGAUAUAUGAUCUGUUAUUCUUCUUCAUGGUCAUCAUUAUUGUCCUUAACCUGAUUUUUGGUGUGAUCAUUGACACUUUCGCUGAUUUAAGGAGUGAAAAGCAGAAGAAAGAAGAAAUUUUAAAAACUACUUGCUUUAUUUGUGGUCUGGAAAGAGAUAAGUUUGAUAACAAGACGGUCACAUUUGAAGAGCAUAUUAAAGAAGAGCACAAUAUGUGGCACUACUUGUGCUUCAUUGUGUUAGUAAAAGUAAAAGAUUCAACAGAAUAUACAGGACCAGAAAGUUAUGUGGCAGAAAUGAUCAAGGAGAGAAACCUUGACUGGUUCCCCCGAAUGCGAGCCAUGUCGCUGGUGAGCAGUGACUCGGAAGGAGAGCAGAACGAGCUGAGGAACUUGCAGGAGAAGUUAGAGUCCACCAUGAAGCUCGUGACCAAUCUCUCUGGCCAGCUCUCAGAGCUGAAAGAUCAGAUGACAGAACAGAGGAAGCAGAAACAGCGUAUUGGUCUCCUAGGACACCCUCCUCCCAUGAAUGUGAACCCACAGCAACCAGCAUAAAUCCGAAGGGUCACUUAUCCCUCUUGCAAGAAUACGAAUAAUGCUAAACGAGUUCAGAUUCAACCGCUAAGGCUGCUUCUGUGUAUGUUUAGUUCAUUUUGUAAAUAACAUGUUUUUAUACUAUAUGUAUAUGACUGCUACUAUAUAAAGUUUUGGGCAUAUGUAUUGUAAUUAGAACUGUUGGCACACGAUGGAGGUUAUACUUGUGCCAAAACUAUCAAAAUUGCCUUUUUAUUGGAAGGACUAAAGAGAGCACCUGAAUUGCACUUGAAAAGAAUAUUUGACUACGUGACAUGUAUUUUGUAUUUAAAAAAAAAUAGAAUAGCUGGUAUUUAUGUUUUUAUACAAUUGUGCAAUAUGAAUUAUGCAAUCACAAUAUAUUUGUAACUCCUAAAUGUCCUAAAGGGAGUGCACAUCUUUGAAUAUGGUGUGUUAGUACAAUGUAAUAAAUGGUAUGAAAUUACAGGUGUAAAUGAGGCUGCUGCAAAAUAGUGUUACUGGUGAUUUUUCAUACCCCUGGACAUUUUUGUACCAUGUGUGUAAAUAUCCUGCAAUGCCAUAUCUGUUGCCUCUUCCUCCCAGAGAUAACUCUGGGAAUUCAUGAGCUGUUAAAUUAGUAUCAAUUAAGCAAAACAUUACUUUGAAGUGUCCAAAUCAGGAAAGCAGGAGGUAUUUUUCAAGUGUUUUCUUCAAAGUAGUGAGGCUAGAAGAGCUCAGAUACCAGGUUUUUUAAACGCUAAAUUUUCUUAAAGGGAACUUUUUAUGCAAAACAAAAGUUUGGGAUGAGUAUGCACUACUGGUGAAUCAGCGCAGUCUCCUACUGGCAUUUUGUGCCGUGACACUUAAAAACCUAUACCGAGGCUGUCCAGGUUUCGCAUUCUCAGUGUAGACUCCUUCCUUUUAUUUUUUCAUUAGAGACCUAUGUGCCUGCUAAUGUUUGAACAAACAGGCGUUGCACCAAUUGAAAUAUGAACUAUCCCAUUAGGACUGUAGUUUGAGCACUGAUAUAUGUAAUACUUGUGAGAGAGCCAGUUGUUUUGAGAUUUUGUCCCAUCCCUUUCUUUCCCUCUCCAUUUGGUCACUGUUUCUUUGGUUUCUGCUUCCAGAGAGUAUGAGAGAAAGCUCUUCCUCCCCUUCCCCCUCCAAUUCAUUGCAUAGUUUUAUACAUGGACCUCAUUUUACAAAAGCUAAUUUCUCUGCAAUACUGUCUACAAAAUAAAAAAGCUACAGAGCUAUUAAAAUUUGUAAAUGCAUAAAUAUAGGUAUUUAAAUAAAUGAUGCAAAAUGUA